GACACCGAGAUAUGAUUCAAUUGAAGUAUAAAGCUUAUAGUCGACGGUCAUUGAUAUGGGUUGGCUGAGAGAUGGAAAAUUUACCAAACAAACCAAUGAAAUUGGAAAAGUUGUUAUUGUGACUGGUGCAAAUACUGGAAUAGGUAAGGAGACUGUAAGGGAAUUGGCCCGACGAGGAGCCACCGUUUAUAUGGCAUGUCGGGAUAUGGAAAAGUCUGAAAAAGCAAGGCGGGAAAUCGUUGAAGAAACCAAAAAUGAAAACAUUUUCACUAAACAUUUGGAUUUAAGCUCACUGGAUUCUAUACGUAAAUUUGUCGAAGAAUUCAAAACCGAACAAGAUCAGCUGCACAUUCUGAUAAAUAAUGCCGGUGUUAUGCGAGGUCCUCGUCGUUUAACUAAAGACGGUUUUGAAAUGCAAAUCGGCGUCAAUCAUAUGGGUCAUUUUUUGUUGACCAAUUUGCUACUAGAUAACCUUAAGGCCGCCCAUUCCAGUCGCAUUGUGGUAGUGUCCAGUGGUGUACAUUGUUUUGGCAAAAUUAAAACUACCGAUUUGAAUAGCGAGAAAUCAUAUUCCGAGGGCGGAGCCUAUAGCCAAAGUAAAUUGGCCAAUAUCCUAUUCACCAGAGAAUUGGCCAAACGUUUGGAGGGCACUCGUGUUACCGUAAAUGCCUUGCAUCCUGGUGCUGUGAAUACGGAACUGGGAAGAAAUUGGAGUGCUGGAAGAGUCUUAUGGCCAAUAUUAUCGCCAUUCAUGAAGUCACCAGAGGGUGGAGCUCAAACAACGCUUUAUGCAGCUUUAGAUCCCCAGUUGGAAUUGGUUUCCGGCCUUUAUUUUGGCGACUGUAAGCCAAUGAAUGUUUCAAAGGCAGCCAAAGAUGACAAAACUGGCAAAUGGCUAUGGGAGGAGAGUGAAAAGUGGACAGGUCUCGCCUAGGUUACAAAUUAGUUUAAUAGAUUUAUUAAUUAUUGUACUCAUAAUAUAUUUCCUAAUGUUGUUUAUUAUAAAAAAACUUUGACUUCAAAUGAAAAACAAAAUUUACUGUUAAUA